CCUUGAUUUUCUUUAUAAUGAGCUGGAAAAUCUGGCCCCAAGGAUGUUCAAAUGCGAUCUGAACUGGGAAUGAGUUCUGCAAUUUCUCUCUCCGUCUCCGUGAUUUUGAUAAAGAUAAAGAAAAAGAAAGAAGAUCUCCUGGUACGACUGGCCGUUGUUUUUGUAGCUAGGGUUUUCCAUCAACAAUGUCAGGGAAUUCUGGUUGCAGCGUCUACAUAGGUAAUUUGGAUGAGAGGGUAAGCGACAGAGUUCUGUACGAUAUUCUUAUCCAAGCGGGGAGAGUAGUCGAUUUAUACAUCCCUCGAGACAAGGAAACCGAUAAGCACAAAGGAUUUGCCUUUGCUGAAUACGAAACUGAGGAUAUUGCCGAUUAUGCUGUCAGGCUUUUUUCUGGCCUUGUUACUCUCUAUAAUCGAACCUUGAAAUUUGCGAUUUCUGGGCAAGACAAAUCUUCGCAGAACCCUCUCAAUGCAGCCUUGCCCGCUUCAAAUUCAUCCUACAAAUCCCGGCAUUACCCUGGAUUAGUUAACCACAUGGAAAUCUCUCAGCUGCCAAUGAGGUUAUCAACGCCUUCUAGGUUUCCAGAUUAUCCUGCACGCCACUCCCAAGUGCUGCCUCCCUCUGGUGUAUCUCACCACUCUAAUGGGUAUGGAUCACAUUUCAAUGAUACCAAUUAUGAUUACAGUCGAAGGGUUUUAGGGGCAACAUUGGAUAGCUUUAGUCGCUCUAGGUCACGCCGCUACAACACAAGUGACCCAAUUUCAUAUCCUUCUUAUUGAUAUUUAUUAUGACAACUGCACAAGGGUAAAAUUCUUACCUGUUGCAAUGAAAAUUGAUAGACCACUGUAGUAUUUCGGAUAAGAUAAGUGGUAGAGUUGUGGGUAACAAUAAGGGUUAAAGGAUCUGUUGCAAGUUAUUUUGUAGUGCCUAGCAUUGUUUGCCAUGUUGUGCAUGCUAGAACUUCAUUUUGUUUGGCGCUAAUUCAUUGUUUCACUUGCUUGAAAAUGUUGUAUUUGUUCUUUUUAUAUAGUUAUGACUGGUUUUCUGCUAUUAGGCUGAAACUGAAAUAGCAAAUUAUUUUCUUGAUUGAAUUAACUUAAAGGAUGAAACUAAAGGAAUAUGCUGUUUGGAUAUAUAGGUUUCCUGUUUGGUAAAAGGAAUUGGUGUAUAAUAUGUUAAUCUGUUAUCACUAGGACUAUUUCGUGAGCAAGAACUAAGCUACUAAAAUGAUGUGCAUUAGGUACUCAUUUUUCUUCUAGGUGCCAGGUAAUCAAUGUAGGUCCAGGUUGAGUGAGCUGUUUUAGCCAUUCUUUGUUUUAAUUUUCUUGUGAACAUACUAUUGGCUUGAAGUGGUGAUGGGAGAGGGGGGGGGGGUGGGAGAGGGUGACAACAGUACCUAAAGGAAUUAACAAGUUCUUUGGCCUAGUGGCUAAAGAGCUCUUAGGAGGAUAUAAAGGUUUUGGUUUUGAACCAAGAUUUUCUCUUUUUCUCCCAUGGGCUAUGCCUAUCUUAUGUAC